GGGUUUGGGGCUCGACCCCACCGCGGUGCCAAGAUGCUGCUCCCCUCCAAGGAUCAGCCCCGGGGGCCCGGGGAGCAGCCAGGCGGGCGACGAGCGAGACCCCCCGGCCCAAGCCGAUGGGUGCUGGCCCAGAGGAGCUCCAGCGUGGUCCCGGUGGGCAUCUGGGUGGAGAGUGCCCUAGGGGGACCCGAGCAGAGCCCAGCCUUUGCUUCAGCAUCUCGGGUGGAGGAGGAGCUGAGGGAGCUGGAGCACGAGAAGGCAGCUGGUCUGAGGCGCUUUCAGGGAGAGGUGAAGCGGCGGGUGAACCACCAGGUCAGGAUGCGAAGGAAGCAGCAGCUGCAGAGGUCCUGUGAGCUGGCAGAGAGGGAGAGCUGCCUGGCUCUGCACUACUCGGGCUCCGUGUUGCGCUGGCCCCCCAGGAAGGACACUUGCCUGUUUCGGGGCCGCCCCCCACCCACCAUCUGUGGCCCCAGCCCAACCCAGCAGGGGCAGAGCGAGUCCUUCCAGCAGCGAGCUGCCCAGCUGAGCAAAACUGUGAAGCAGGUUCGGCGCAGGCUGGCUUCCUGCAGGACCAUCCUGCCAGGAGCUCAUCCCCCUGAGCUCCCUGGUGGCAUCUGGAGGCGAGAGAAACCGGAGUCUGGUGGGCCAGCCAUGGUGCCUGCAGAAGAGGAGAGUGAGGAACUGCUUCUGGCUGGACAUCAUGAUCUCCCAGCAGAGCUGCAGGAGCAGGGCAUAGCCCCACCUUGUGCCGAGCAAGAUGAGGACUUCUACAUCAAAAUCAAGUUUGAAAAAUUCCAGGAUGGGUCAGUGAAGGUCUCGCGCUUGCCCGAGCCUCCCCAGAGGCCCCGCACUGAUGGCCAAGCUCCCCUUGUGCUCUGGGCUGGUGUGGAUCAAGAGGAAACCAAGAAGCAGCCCUGGGACAUGUGCACUAGGAGACUCCCAGGGAAGGAGCUCCAGGAAUCAAGGUCUCACUUGGCAGUGAUCCCAGACGUCUUCCUCAGAGGUGCCUCUUCUUCCCCACAGCGUCAGAGCGAGUUCCUGAGGUGCAGGCGCCUCUUCAUGAGCAUCGAGCGCGAGCAGGCAGGGCCUUUCGGAGGACUGGGGGGGUUGCGUGCACUUGUGUUGGAGAGCACUUCUGCAGCUCAAAGCAGAGGCUUGGAGAAGACGAUCCAGCUUGGUACCAAAAAGCCCCACGUGCUGGGUAACACUCUGACUCCUUGGCUGGGAGCAGGGUUAAAAAUGCCACUUCUUCAGCUUUUUAAAAACCAUGAGAUUAAGAGGAAGAAGGAGAAGCAGCGCCGGGCAGAAGAGCAGCGGCUGCAGGAGAUGGUCGACCAGCCAGAGCUCCCCCUGGGAGAGGGGGCCUGGGAAACCCUGGCCCAGCUGCAGCUGGAGGAGAGGAGUGUGAGGAAGGUUCAGGAGAAGCAGCAACGCAAUAAGGAGCAUGUGAGGUACAUCGAAGCUCUGAGAGCCCAGCUGAGGGAGAAGAUAAAACUCUCCAACAUUGACUUGCCGCCGCUGUGCUCCUGCGGGUCUGAUUUCUGGGACUCCCACCCAGAUACCUGUGCUAACAACUGCAUCUUCUACAAAAACCACCGAGCCUACAGCCAUGCUCUGCAGUCGGUGGUCUCGUCCUGCGUCCCCGUGGCCCGGAGCCCCUCGGGGAGGCUGCGGCUCCGUGACUUGGCUGCGCUCUGUGCUCGCUCAGGGAAGCGUCUGUGAGGGGGCACCUGCUGGUUGUGUCCCCCUCCCUGGAUUUCUGUGGAAGUGGAGAGUGGGGUCUGUGCCUGGGCCUGCCCACUCCAGAGCCCAUCCCUCUGUAGGGCCAGUUUAGAGGCAGGUGUUGAAUUUUCAGCUGCAGAAUAAAUUGUUUUCAAGGGU